CUGCUGCCAACACACUGACACUGACUCAAUACACAUCAAUUGUCUUAUUUGUUUAUUACAAAGUAAUUCACAGAAAUGCAUAAACAAACAAGGUAAAUGUGGUUACAAGAAAUGAUAGGAGAAUGUGCCCUAGUGGGCUAAACCGGCAUGGGGGUUUGUUGGACAAAGGGGAAGUGAUUGAUUACAAUGUGCGCAUAUGGUCUAGUUGUCAGUGGAAUAGUCUACAAUGUUUUUUCAGAUCAGUACUCGAGGCAGGGGCAUACAACGCAGCAUAGCUUUUAGUAGUUUAACAUUUAUUUUGUAUGUAUUUAUUCAGGUUCACAGUGUGGACCAAACCAAGGACCCCGUACCGAACAGUUCAGUACGAAUACGUGUACCGUUACACCCCUACAACAUAUAUGUUGAACAAUAAUAUUACAAUGUAUACCUUAUCCCUUUUGAUGGACCCAAGAGCCAUAGGUAUCAGCCUACUCUGACACACACAGAUUACAAUUCUGAAGUGUUUACACAACUAAUAUGCGCUAUGACGCUAAUAUUUAUCUUUAACUGUCGGAAAUCCCCUCACACUACAGUUUUUAGUCUCGCAGUAAGAGCUACGAAGCUCAUAUGUGUGAACUCUUCAGAAUUGUAAUCUGUGGAUGUCAGUCAGUUGAUACCCCAUUUCAAUGACCCAAGAUUCAUAGGUAAGGCUAUACAGUGCAUUCAAAAAGUAUUCAGAUCCCUUGACUUUUUCCACAUUUUGUUACAUUACAGCCUUAUUCAAAUAUAUAUCUCAUUAAUCUACACACAACACACCAUAAUGACACAUCAAAAACAGGUUUAGACAUUUAUGCAAAUGUCAAGAAAAAAGGUCACAUUUACAUAAGUAUUAAGACCCUUUACUUUGUUGAAGAACUUUUGGUAGCGAUUACACCCAAGAAGACUUGAGGCUAUGACGCUACAAUCUUGGCACACCUGUAUUUGGGGAGUUUCUCCCCUUCUCUGCAGAUCCUCUCCGGUCCUGUCAGGUUGGAUGGGGAGCGUUGCUGUUCAGCUAUUUUCAGGUCUCUCGAGACUUCGAUCGGGUUCAGGCUCUGGCUGGGCCACUCAAGGACAUUCAGAGACGUGUCCCGAAGCCACUCCUGUGUUGUCUUGGUUGUGUGCAUUGUCCUGUUGGAGGUUAACCUUCUCUGAGGUCCUGAGCACUGUGGAGCAGGUUUUCAUCAAGGAUCUCUCUGUACUUUGCUCCAUUCAUCUUUCCCUCGAUCCUAACUAGUCUCCCAAUCCCUGCCACUGAAAAACAUCCCAACAGCAUGAUGCUGCCACCAUCAGGCCAAAGCACUCAAUCUUGGUUUCAUCAGACCAGUGAAUCUUGUUUCUCAUGGUCUGAGUCCUUAAUAAGAGGCCUUUUGGCAAAUUUUACUGAGGAGUGGCUUCCGUUUGGCCGCUCUACCAUGAAGGACUGAUUGGUGGAGUGCUGCAGAGAUGAUUGUCCGUCCUUUUGAAAGAUUCUCCCAUCUCCACAGAGAUAUAACUAAAAUCAUUGUCAAGUCAUUGGAUAAGUAUUCACCCGCUUUGUUUAGGAAAGCCUAAAUGAGUUCAGAAGUAAAAUGUGGCUUAUCAAAUCACACUAAGUUUUAUAUGUGAAAUAAUAGAGGUUGGCAUUAUUCUUUUUUAUGACUACCCCCUUCCUCUGUCCCACAUUAAAACAGUACAAGUCAAAAGUUUGGACACACCUACUCAUUCCAGGGUUUUUCUUUUUUUUUUGUACUAUUUUCUACAUUGUAGAAUAAUAGUGAAGACACAAACUAUGAAAUAACACAUAUGGAAUCAUGUAGUAACAAAAAAAGUGUUUAACAAAUCAAAAUAUAUUUGAGAUUCUUCAAAUAGCCACCCUUUGCCUUGAUGACAGCUUUGCACACUCUUGGCAGACUUUUGACUGGUACUGUGUAUCUGUAAGGUCCCUCAGGCAAAUAUUGCAUUUAAAGACCAGGGAGCUUUUUAAAAGCCUCAUAAGGAAGGGCAGUGAUUGGUAGAUGGUUAAUAUUAAUAAUAACAGAUCAGACAUUGAAUAUAUCUUUAAGCAUGGUUAAGAUAAUAAUUAUGCUGUGGAUGAUAUAUUAAACCAGACUAAAUUGUCAUUCUGAACUGAGCUGCAUGACAGGAAGGAAACUGUUUCGGGAUGUGAUUUUAAAACAGCUACAGAGUUCAAUGGCUGUGAUCUGAGGAUGGAUCAACAACAUUGCAGUGACUCUACAAUAAUGACUUAAAUGACAGAGUGAAAAUAACAAUUUAAAUAUACAGAAUAAAACAAAUAUUCCUAAACAUGUAUAUGCAUUAAGGCACUAAAGUAAUACUGCAAAAAAAAAACACAACAAAGGAAUAGAUCACUGAGUUAACUGCCUCCUGAUUUUCAAGCAUGGUGCUGGCUCCAGCAUGGUAUGGGUAUGAGUUUUUUAGGAUGAAAAUCUAGGAUGAAAUCCUACAGGACAACCUGUUUGUCUGCUUUACACCAGAUACUGGGAGGGGAAUUCACCUUUCAGUGGGACAAUAAGCCAAAUCUGCACUGGAGUUGCUUACCAAGAAGAACUGUAUGUUCCUGAGUGGUCAAGUUAGUUUUGACCUAAAUCUGCUUGAAAAUCUAUGGCAAGACUUGAAAAUUGCUGUCUAGCCAUGAUCCCCAGCACCUUGACAGAGCUUGAAGAAUAAAAAAUUAAAAAAUGGGCAAAUAUUGUCCAAUACAGGUGUGCAAAGCUCUUAUGAGUUUCUAACGUGGGGGUGAAUACCUAUCUAAUGAAGGUAUAUUAGUGUUAACAUUUUCAUUAAUUCACUUUUUUUUUAAAGAUUCCUCUUCCACUUUGACAUUGGAGUAUUUUGUGUAGAUCGUUGACCAUAAAAGGACAAAUCCAUUUCAAUCCCACUUUGUCACAUAACAUGUGAAGAAAUCCAAGGGAGGUGUAGACUUUAUAAGUAUGCCCCAAUUACAACUGAAGUCUACAGCCACAAUACGAUUUCAAUAGAUUUUUGCUUUAUUUAGUCAAAUUAACUAAUUGUCUUUUAAGAUUAUAUAACAACAUUUAGAACUUGUUUAACAUGAUCUAGUCCAAAUAUGGCCUGAGUCCUCAAUUUGUAUCCGUUUGCACCGCUUUCAAUGGGGGACUUUUAUUUUGAAGGCUGCCCGCAAAUUCCACUAUUGUGGCUAAUCCUUAUUGUGGCCAGCUUCACACUGCCUGGCUAGCUAUACAAAUAUAUUUCUAUUUUUACAAACAUUCUAAGUCAUCUCUGCUAUUUACUAGCUGGGACAGUAAUCUGGGCUGGAUGUCUCUGCAUUGGUGAUGGCAGCACGUCCAGUCAUAUGAUAGCAACUCAAGUGACACUGAGAAAAACAACCGACCUCGCAAACUCUGCAAGCACUCGAGACUCCCAUCCAGAGCGACACACAGAAGCAACCAGGGUCAACGCCCUGCUCAAGGGCACGUCGACAGAUCUCCCACAAGGUCACAAAAUCGUGACUGUGACAGUAUGGCCCAGGGUGGUGUUAUAAUUACCUCUAGAGCGCUCAGUCCCGUGCAUCUCGACUAGAAGCAGACCUGGUGAAGAUGAGCCUGCAUGGUGCUAGUGGGGGCAGUGACCGCUCACGCGACCGCCGCCGCUCCAGCGACCGCUCCCGGGACUCGUCGCACGAGAGGGGAGAGGGCCAGCUCACCCCCUGCAUCAGAAAUGUCACCUCGCCCACCCGCCAGCACAACAGCGACCGUGAGAGGGACGGUGGCUCCAGGCCCAGCAGCCCCCGUCCUCAGAGGAUUUCCCCCAGCAGCUCCAGUAGUAGCGGGGUGGUCAGCAGCCGUAAUAGCAGCCUGUCCAGCACUGAGGGCUGCUUUAAGAGCCUGGGAGUGGGAGAUAUGGUGUUUGUCUAUGAGAAUAGCAAGGAGGGACUGGGCACGGGCCUGGGUACCCGCAGCAUCCGGACCUCAGGCUCCGAGAGGGUCACUCUUAUAGUAGAUAACACACGGUUCGUGGUGGACCCUUCAAUCUUCACAGCACAGCCCAACACCAUGCUGGGCAGAAUGUUUGGAUCUGGAAGGGAACACAAUUUCACACGGCCCAAUGAAAAAGGAGAGUAUGAAGUCGCCGAGGGCAUCAGCUCUACGGUGUUCCGAGCCAUCCUGGAUUACUACAAAUCUGGGAUAAUCCGUUGCCCUGAUGGAAUCUCCAUCCCUGAGCUGAGAGAGGCAUGUGACUAUCUGUGCAUCACCUUUGACUACAGCACCAUCAAGUGCAGAGACCUCAGUGCCCUCAUGCAUGAGCUGUCUAACGACGGUGCCCGGCGUCAGUUUGAGUUCUACCUGGAGGAAAUGGUUGUGUCUCUGAUGGUGGCCAGCGCCCAGAGUGGAGAGAGAGAAUGCCACAUCGUGGUGCUCACUGAUGACGACGUAGUGGACUGGGAUGAAGAGUACCCACCACAGAUGGGAGAAGAGUAUUCACAGAUAAUAUACAGUACAAAACUAUACCGGUUCUUCAAGUAUAUAGAAAAUCGAGAUGUUGCCAAAUCAGUUUUAAAGGAGAGAGGACUGAAGAAAAUAAGAUUAGGCAUUGAAGGUUACCCCACAUAUAAAGAGAAGGUGAAGAAGCGUCCUGGUGGCCGUCCUGAGGUCAUCUACAACUACGUUCAGAGGCCUUUCAUCCGCAUGUCCUGGGAGAAGGAGGAGGGCAAGAGCCGCCAUGUUGACUUCCAGUGUGUCAAAAGCAAGUCCAUCACUAACCUGGCUGCAGCUGCUGCAGAUAUCCCCCAGGACCAGCUGGUCAACAUGCACCCUGGCCCUCAGGUGGAUGAGCUGGACAACCUCCCCAACCAGCCCACUAGCGGAGCCCAGUACAACUACAACAACGACCCCGGUGACCCAGACGCCCCCUCGCCCGCAGUCUGAGGACUGCCCCCUCCCUGACAUCUCCCUCCCCAGCGUACCGCAGCAUGGAGCUAGGAGGGGCAUCAUAACCAUAUUGCCUUGGCACCUCCUCCGCAGCCUUAGAGCCUCAAGGAUCUGGUCGACUGUAAAAACCCUAUAAGGGACUAGACUGGCAAAAGGGCAUAUUUCUCUUAUUUCAUAAAAUAAAAUACUUGACCAAAGGAAUUUCUUUUUCUGUUAAUUGUUUGAAAUAAAUUUAGCAAACCCAAUUAUUUUGUAAUUAUUAUAUAUUGUUAUUGUACAAUGGUUAUUGGGCUGUGCACUGGUGUUACUGUGCUCUCCUCCUGAGUUUUAUGUGCAGUUCUAGGCAUACUUCCUAGAUGGCAAGACUAGUGAAUACUGUAACUGUUCGGGGAAUGGUUGCAGAGCGGGAUGCCUGGCCAUGGAGAAAAUCCUCUGAUUUCAUCACCAUUCAGUGGAAAGUACUGUUGAAUUCCCCUCAGAUAUACUUUGAAUCAUGUAAGGGUUGGUUGACAUCAUAGAAUUGGUGAUGUGAUGCUGUGCUCUGUGCUCCCUAAAUAUUCAGCAUGAUAUAAAGACAUUCAAAUCACA